GGGCGGCUCUCGCCCGGCCGGGGCGUCCGCAGGAUGCAGCGGUGGCCGGUGCUGCUCUUCCUGGCCUGGGUCUGCGUUCUUUUUUGUGCUGGUAUUGGGCUCUUCAUGAGUGGCUUCUUGCUCACCCGAAUUGAGCUUGCCAGCAGCAGUUCCUGCUCAGACCCACUUGUACCACCACCCUGGGAGAGGCAGAGCCUCCCGCCAGGCUCCUGCUGGGCACCCCAGCGCUUUUCCAAGGCCGUGCUGGUCAUUGUUGAUGCCCUCCGUUUUGAGUUUGCCCACUUUAACCCAGACAAGGCCAGCCCCCUGCCCUAUGAGAACAAGCUGAGCUUCCUGCACCACCUCACAACCUCCCAGCCCCGCCAUGCCCGUCUGUACCGCUUCCGAGCUGAUGCUCCCACUGCCACCAUGCAGCGCAUCAAGGGCCUCACCACCGGCUCCCUGCCCACUUUCAUUGACGUGGGCAGCAACUUUGCCACCUAUGCCAUCGAGGAGGACAACCUGCUGGCACAGCUGGUGCAGAACGGAAGGCGAGUGGUCUUCAUGGGAGAUGACACUUGGGAAGGACUCUUCCCAAAGAAGUUUUUCCGCUCAUAUUUCUUCCCUUCCUUUAACGUGAAGGAUCUUCACACUGUGGAUGAUGGGAUCUUGCAACAUCUCUAUCCAACUGUGGACAGUGGCGAAUGGGACCUACUGAUUGCUCACUUCCUUGGUGUGGACCACUGUGGGCACAAACAUGGACCUGACCACCCUGAAAUGGCUAAGAAGCUCACUCAGAUGAAUGACAUGCUCAGGUCCUUGGUAAAUCACCUGGGGAAUGACACCCUUCUUCUGGUGGCUGGUGACCAUGGCAUGACAGAGACUGGAGACCACGGUGGUGACAGUGAGAAGGAAGUGAAUGCAGCACUGUUUGUGUACAGCAAAACACCUCUCUUUGGCACUGUCCCUCCAGAGGAGCCUGAGGCUGUUCCACAGGUGAACCUGGUGCCCACUGUGGCCCUGCUGUUGGGUGUGCCCAUUCCCUACAGCAGCAUUGGAGAGGUGAUGGCUGAGCUAUUCUCUGGGGACAGUGACACUGUGUCUGCAGCCUUGCAGCAGCUCUCGGUCUACCACAUCAAUGCCAAGCAGGUGGACCGCUUCUUGCACUCCUACUCACUUGUGGCUCAGGACCUGCCAGCAGAGCAGCUCCAGCAUCUGCAGGAACUCUUCUCCAGUGCUGUGGAGGAACACACUCAGCUCUUGGCCCAAGUGCAGGGGUCAGCCCUGGUGCCUCCAGAGCUGGAGUCCAGGCUGGGAAGCCUCAUUGGUCGCUUCCAGCUGUACCUCCGGGAGGCACGGGCUGUGUGCACCCAGUCCUGGGCCCGCUUCCAUCCCUUGCGUAUGGUGGGGGGCUGCACUCUUAUCGCUGCUUCCUGCUUGCUCUGCUACGUGGCCUCAGAGCUGACCACAGCGUCAGACUCUUUCUAUCGCAGCUGCCUCCUGUACCCACUACUCUGGGGCCUCGUGAUGGCUAUUCUGUUUGGGCUGGCCCAUGCCUUCAUCCAGGAGGGGCUGGAUCUCCUUCUGGUGUCAUCAUGUGCAGCUGCUGCUUCUCAGUUGGGUUUUUUCUGGCACUGGUGGGGCCAGCAACCCAGGCGAGCCCGUUUGGCAAGUAGUCAGCCACUUCUGGCCAGCGUUGGUCUGAGACAGAGGCUGCAAGCACGGCUGGGGCUGGCGUUCCCUAUGGGCAUCCUGCUCUUCCGCUGUGGAGCCAUGUUUUCAGAUAGCUUUGUGGUGGCUGAAGCCCGAGUGGCCCCGUUCCUACUGGCCUCACUUGUGAUGCUGCUAAUAGGGAAGCUGCACUGGGAUGGUCGCCUGACUCUGCCAGAAGGCCCCAAGCAGCAGUUGCUUGGCUUUUCCUCGUACCGCAGAGAGAUCUGGUACCUGCUGUGCCUCGUGGCCAUGCUCUUGGUUUGCGUGCGCACCUCCAGUUUCUUCCACCAGUGCCGUGAAGAAAUCCCUCAGUGUCGGCCCUCUCUUUUCCUCUCCCCUCUUGCCAGCCUGAGAAACACACGGGCCAAGAACCUCUUCUACCUCCUGUGCGUGGCCUUGCUGGCUGGUCUGGUCUAUGCAGUGCGGAGCUGGCUGCGACACUACGGCAACCUGAACAGCUCAGACCCCCUUGUGCUCUUUGUGCGCUGGGGUUUCCCCCUGGUGGUCCUCUGCAUUGCCUGCUACUGGGCUGUUGCCUCCAGCACUGACGACUCUCUUGGCAAGCUGCAGGAGCUGGUGCAGGUGGCAGUUGUGGCCUUUCCGUGGGCUGUCUAUGGACUAGCAUCUCUGGGGCUGCUGCUCCUGCUGUGCAAUCCCAUGACAGUGUUUGCAAAGGACACACGCGAGUCAGCAGGGUCCAUUGUCACUCCCUACCUGGGGGUUCCCAACUCUGAAGUCGACUUACUCCACGUCAUCCCUCAGAUCUACAAGAGGAUGCAGGAGUCUCAGAAGAGCCGUCUGGAGCGGGGCAGCUGCAAGGCCACUGUUGCAGCAUAUGGGCUAGGCAGUGUGUACUCAGCAGCCCUGGUCAUAGCACUCACCUUGUUGGGCUUCCUCUUGAUGCUUCUACACAGUGAGCGGCUCAGUCUUGCCUUCCUGCUCCUCUUCCUGGAGGCCUUUGUGCUGCUGCACAUCCACACGCGUGCCAGAGGCCUUGCUGGAGAUGCUGAGCCUUUUUCGGUGCCCUGGUAUGCAGUCAUCUCCUGGCUUCUUGCUGCUUCCCAGUUCUUCUAUUCCACAGGCCACCAGCCCAUCUUUCCAGCCAUCCACUGGAAUGCAGCCUUUGUGGGCUUCCACCUUGACCACAGCACGAAUGUCCUGCCUGCUGUCUUGGUGGGCGCCAACACCUUUGCGUCCCAUAUCCUCUUUGCAGUCGGCUGUCCCCUGCUCCUGCUUUGGCCCUUUGUGUGUGAGAUGCCCAGCUCACAGAGGAGGAAGCCCAAGAAGGAGCCCCGACAGGAUCUGCAGGAGGUGGAGGAACAUAUGAUGGAGAUGAGGCUGCGGGAGUCUCCAGAGAAGUUCUCUGCUGCGCUGCUGCAGCUGGGACUGAAGUACCUCUUUGUGCUUGGGACACAGCUUCUGGCCUGUGUUUGUGCAGCUAUGAUCCUCAGGAGGCAUCUCAUGGUCUGGAAGGUCUUUGCCCCAAAGUUCCUCUUUGAGUCACUGGGCUUUGUGGUGAGCAGCAUCUGCCUGCUGCUGGGGAUCUCCCUGGUGAUGCGUGUGGACUGUGCUGUCAGCACCUGGUUCAGCCAGCUUCAACUCAGGUAGCACUGGAGACAUGGGGAUCCUGACCUGCUCGUCAGCCCAGGCUAUGGUCGCCUCCUUGCCUCCAUUGGGGUAGGAGGGAUACACGAGCCACCAGCAACAAGUGCCUGCUGACAGCAGUUAGAGAUUAUCCACAGCUCCCUGUCUCGGCACUGCACAAAAAGACCGGAGCCAGCUGUUCCCCACUCGCUGCCAUGGUGUUUCUCAGUUCUGAAGGUCAGACCUUUCACUGGGUGUUUGUUGGUAGCAGGAGGACUCUGCUGCAGAAGCCAAAGAAGCUAGAGUUCUGAAGUGCUCUUCUGGAGAAACACCAACCUGUUGUCCUGCUGCUACUUUCCUGACAACUGUCCCUACUGUGCAGCUGGUCAGCUUUGGUGGCCAGAAAGUCACCACUGUGCAUGUGCAGAGACAGUGACUCACGGAAAGGGGCCUGCUGAGGAGGAGAGAGGAGGCUGGGAGGAAAGAGGAGGUUGGGGAGGAGAGGGAAGGUCCUGCAGCCACCAUUUCUCUUCGUGCAUUCAGUUUUCAUGCUGAAAUCAAAGUGCCCAUGCUUACACAUGCAGAUGGUUCCGGAGUGCCAUUGGCAGCUGCUCUUCUGUAAUGUCAGGUGGCGCUCUGUAGCAAGGCCACUCCUGUCCUCCACUCACCCCUGUUUUCCUGAUCUUCCUAGUCUUCUGAAAGGCAGUGGGGAGGACUCUGGGCUCCCUCAUACAGUCUGAAAUAGACUUAGUUUGUUGAUGUGUGUGGUAGCUGAGAGAACUGUGUCCAUGACCAAGAAACUCUCCAUUUGUGAUCUUGGCCUGUCAGUGUCCCCUCAGAUACUGGACAUAGGCUGCUGGCACAGCAGCCAAUGCUUCCAGUCUGUUCUUGAGUGCAUGCUGCUGGAUGCUGCCCUUGAUGUGAGCUGCAGUGUAUGGGAACAGCUGCUUGAAAGCCUUGAACAGGUGACAGCUCUGCUGGGAGGUGGCUUAUCUCACUGGUGUCUGUGUAUGUUCCAGGGGUUAUGUUACCUUGAAAGAACCCCAGGCGCUGCAGCCAGUGGCGUUUAUGAUCCCAUAUUUGGUGCUUAUCUCUUGCUUGACUUUGGUGUUCGGUGUAGGACUUUACACCAUGUUUGAGCUCAGUCCAAACCUUUCCAUUGGCUGCUCAAAGCCUGAAGACGUAUUUCUUUUUUUGUAGACAGAGGUAGAGGACAGUAACCAUGGUGCCUGGCCACAUCUCACCUGGUUUUGCCCUGCAGAUUUGAUGGGAACUGAUUCAUUACUGCCCUGAACCACUCUCUGUGUGGCAUUAAUUGGUGCUAUGAAAUCUUUUGUCUUUUUUCCCCCUGGAAUGGAGCAGAGAAAUGCUUGUCUGAGAUUCCUGCACUGAAUUUUGUUCUGACCCUAUUUGUUUCUUAACUUAUGUGUUAUGACUGCGUUUGAGAUCCUUGUUGCAGACUACUAGCAUAACUCCAGAGUCUUCCUAUCCUCUGCCUUGGAGAGUGUCAGGGAUACAGUCUUGUCACCUUUCACCAUUUCAUGUCUUGCCAUUAUGCCCAAGUGCCCAGUUAGUGGAAAACAGCUCUUGAGGGCAGGUGUAAUUUUAUGGUCUACCCCUGCAAAAUCAUAGAAUCAUUCGAGUUGGAAAAGACUUCUGAAAUCAAGUCCAGCCAUUAUCUAACUGCCAAGUGUCAUGCUAAACCGUGUCCCUUAGCAUCACAUUUCUGCAUCUUUUAAACACCUCCUGGGGUGGGCAUUUGACAGUGAAGAGGUUUAUUCUAAUACUCAAUCUAAACCUCUCCUGGUGUUGCAACUUGAGGCCAUUUCCUCUUGUCCUGCCAUUUGUUUCUAAGGAGAAGAGACCAACAUUCACCUUGCUACACUCAUCUUUCAGGUACUUGAAGAGAGCAAGGAGGUCUCCCCUUGGCCUCCUGUUCUCUGGACUAAAACAUCCCAAUUCCCUCAGGUGCUCCUCAUGAGACUUGCUCUCCAGACCCCUUAGUAGUUUCUCUGGAUCUGCUUCAGCAACUCAAGGUCCUUCUUGUAGUGAAAGGCCUCAAAACUGAACACAGUAUUUGAGGAGCAGCCUCAGCAGCGCUGAUCACAGGGACAGGAUCUCUUCCCUUCACCUGCUGGCCACACUGUUGCUGAUACAGGCCAGGAUGCUGUUCUUCUCCUUGGCCACCUGGGCACACUGCUCGCUUAUGAUCGGACAGCUGCCAGCCAGCACACCAGAUCCCUCUGCUGGGCAGAGUUCCAGACAUUCUGCCCCAAGCCUGAGCAGGGCAUGGGGUUGUGGUGACCCAAGUGCAGGGCCCCGUACAAGGCCUUGUUUCACCCUCUGCAGAGCAUUCCUACCUUCAGGCAGAUCAACAAUCCCUUCCAGCUUAGUGUGAUCUGCAAACUUACCAAGGCUGCACUUAAGAUAUUGAAGAGAACUGUCUCCAGUACUGAGCCCUGGGGAACACCACUUGUAACUGGCUGCCAACUGGAUUUAACUCCAUUCACCACCACUCUUCGGGCCUGGCCAGCAUCCAGUUCUUAACCCAAUAAAGCAUCCUUCCAUCCAAACCAUGAGCAGCCAUUUUCUCCAGGAGGAUGCUAUGGGAAACAGUGUCAGAAGCUUUACUAAAAUCCAGGUAAACUCAUCCACAGCCUUUCCCUCAUCCACUAAACAAGUCAUCUUGUCAUAGAAGAAGAUCAGGUUCGUCAAGGAGGACUCAUGUUGACUGGGCCUGAUCACCUGCUUGCCCUGCAUGUGCAGCAUGAUGGCACUGAGGAUGACCUGCUCUAUGACCUUCCCUGGCACUGAGGUCAGAUGGAAAGCUCUUUAGUUUCCCUGGUCCACCUUCUGGCCCUUCUUGUAGAUGGGCAUCAUGUUUGCCCAUCUCUGGUUGGGUGGGACCUGCUUAGUUAGCCAGGGCUGCUGGUAAAUGAUGGAAAGUGAGUGAGCACCCCUGCCAGCUCCUUUAGUACCCUGGGCUGUAUGCCGUCUGGCCUUGCAGACUUGUGUAUGUAUAAGUGAUGCAGCAGGUCACUAACCAUCUCCUCUUGGGUUAAGGGAGUGUCAUCCUGCUCUCCAUCCCUAUCUUCCAGCUCAGAGGGCUGGGUAUCCAGCAAACAACUGGCCUUACCUUCUUUGCCUCAGUCUUUAGUAGCCUUGAUUACCUCAGCCUUUUCCUCUUCCUUGACUGUGAUGUUUCCCCUUGCUUUCAACAAAAGGCAGAGAUUCUCCUUAGUCCUCCUGUCACUAAUACAUUUGUAGAAGCAUAUCUUGUUCUCUUUAUAGGUGAAGUCAAAUUAAUUUCCAGAUGGGAUUUGGCCUUUCUGAUUUUCUCCUUGCAUAGCCUCGUAACAACCUUGCACAGCAACAUAUCAACAUAGUCCUUUAUGAGUGGCCUGUCCCUUCUUCUACAGACCCUGAGUUGCAAACAAAUCUCUCUGUUCUACCAGGCUGGCCUUUGUCCCUGCUGACUCAUCUUUCAGCACAUGAAAGAUACUUCCUGCCUCUUUUGAGCCUUCCUUCCUGAAGCAUGUCCAGCCUCCCUGGACUCCUUGGCCCUCUAGGGCUGCCUUCCAAGAUACUGUUGACCAGUUUCUGAAGCAGGCCAAAGACUACCUGCUGGAAGUCCCAACUGGCAGCUCUGCUGACCCCCUCUUUACUUCUCCAACAGUGGAGAGCUCUGUUGUGAUUGCUGUGCCCAAAGUGGUCUCCAACCAUUACAUCAUCCACCAGUCCUUUGUUCACAAACAGCAAGUCUAGCAGGGUACCUUCCUGGGAUGUCUUCCUUAUCAGCUGUGCCAGAAAGUUAUACUGUAGGAACCUUUGGGACUGUUCCUUCUCUGCUGUAUUUCCAGCAGACAUCAGGGAAGCUGAAGUCCUCCAUAGGACUUGCUUGUUUAGGUGUGAGGGUGCAAUUCCAGGGAGACUUAAAGUGCUUUGAUACUGGAUUUUCAUUGUCUGGCCUCCCCCUGCUCUCCUAGCUCACAGACUGAAAGAAAUGCUUGGGUUGUAAGGGACCUUAAAAGAUCAUUUUGUUCCAAACCCUCUGCCAUGGUCACUCAAAGCCUGAUCUGGCUUGCCCUUGAACAUUUCCAAGGAGAGGGCAUCCACAACCUCUCUGGGCAAUCUGUUCCACUGUCUCACCACCCUCAUAGUGGUGAAUUUAUUAUUAGUAACUAAUCUAUAUCUAUCCUCUUUCAGUUUGAAACCAUUACCCCUUGUCCUGUCACUACACUCCCUAAUUAAAGAGUCCUCCAUCUUUCUUUGUAGCCCCCCUUAAGUACUGGGAAGUGGCAAUAAAAUCUCCCUGGAACCUUCUCUUCUCCAGGCUGAACAACCUCAACCUUAGGUCUCCUGCCCUGUGGGCCUGUUCUGCUUAAUUUCACACAGCCAAUGACUGAUUUGUGGCUGGUAUGACUCCUUGGGUUGCCUCACCCACCUGGAUGCACACACAGCAUUGCUAGUGCAAGGCAAGGGUGUGGUAGUUUUUAUAUCAAAAAUACAAAAUGCGAAUAUUAAUACUUUAAAAUUAGUUACUGUUUACUAAUGUCAACAAUUCACCAGAUCGUGUGAAUUUCGUUUGGAUUCUCGGCUGACAGCCUGUAUUUACGCAAGGAGGAACUUAGAAACGCAGAAUUAAACAGCCUACAGCAGUCAGAUUUUGGAAAACAGGAAAGCGAGAAGACUAAAAGCUAUCAGUGCAGGCAGGAACCCAGUUAAUGAGCUGCUAAUGGGGGAGAGGCCGCUAGGGGUUCACUGAAGGGACACUGCAGAGGCAGCCGCAGAAUCGCAGGCUUUUUCAAGUCGUUCCCCUAUUAAUCACAUCUUGGAAACUGAAACUUUCCAAGAGACACGAGCAUCAGGAGUUUUGGACAAAGAGUUCGGUGUUGUGCCUCGCACAUACAUUCCCCAAAAGGCAGUAAGGAACGUGUUUGGGCUGCACAAGACACCUGAGGCCAUGGAGCUGGAUUGCUACCCCUUACUGGAGCCAACCCCCGUUGUCUUGUCUGCUCUGCCUGCUCCCUCAACUCAACUCCUGCACCCUACAGUGGCCAAACUAAUCUAAGCUGAGUUUUUUUACCCUACCAUAACAAAGGGAUAGCAGCGUGCAGGAUAGCAGAGCAGGAAUGCAUCAACCCGCCGUUACAGUUGGCUUAUUUGCUGUGUGGUGUGACUCCUUCGUGGCCAUAUGGUUCUUGGUGCUGUGGGAAGCAUGCCAAUGGGUGAGAGUCGAUCAGUGUGCAGAGGAGGAAGAGGACAGAGGUAGCAGCUACUCAGUGGAAUUUCAUUUAAUGUGAGGUUAGUUCAGAUAAUGUGUUGCUGAAGCCCAGACUGAUCUUCUUGUAACCUGGUUAGGGCCUGGGUGCUGGAAUGCUUAUGCUGGCAAAAAUCCUUGUGGUCACUAAUGCUGUAGAAUUUCCCCCAAUAUGUCUGCAGCUGCCACCCAGGCCCCUAAGCUUCCUUCUCUCCCAUAUCUGGGACUAGCUCUUCUUUCAGCUGUCACCAUAACGCUGUUGAACCUUUCUGUGCCUGUUGUUCAUGGUCAGAACACUCAGCCAGUGCUUAGGCACCCUCUUCUUAUCCAUCCAUCCACAUCACCCUUCUGUCUUCAUGAUAAGGCUAUCAGCUGAGGCCUGAGAGGCCAAAGCAGAACACAGAGAAUAGCAGAGCUGCAGCACCAUGAGUGGACAUUUGUGUACAAGCUUGCUGGAAACUAAACAAAACUUACAGUGACAGAGCUGCAAGUACAUUAUCAUCACUGCAGGCAUGCCAUGGACCAUCUUGGCCAAGGCAGACUGGCUACUACACCAAAGAGCUCAGAUUCACGGGGACAAGAUUUGAGAGAGAUGGAAAUGCUCUCACUUUCUUUCACUGACUCUUGUAGUCUUUGCCAGCCUUCACCAGCUGCCCACAAGCUGAUAGUUUGUCUGCCAUUCUCCUGCGUGUGCUGGGCAUGGCAGACUUACUGCUGGUACAAGGCAUCAUGACUUCAGGAGCAGGAGAUGCUGCUAAUUCUAGAGCAGAUACUGCUAUUUGCUGAUUUAAAACCCUAAACAGCAUCCAGAGAAAGGUGCCCACUGGUCCAGACCAAGGUUCCUUGGGAAACCUAACAUGCUGGAGAGCAGGCUCUGCCCUGUGUUACCCCACUGAGGCUGCUGCCUGAGUCUACUUGGUCUCACCUGGAACACACACAGAAUUGUGGAAUCACGGAAUCAUUUAGGUUGGGAAAGACCUUUAAGGUUGUCAAGUCCAACUGUUAAUGUAGCUCAGAGAAGUCCACCACUAGCUCGAGUCCCUAAGCACCACAUCUACAUGUCUUUUUAAAUACCUUUGGGAAGGGUGACUCCAACACUUCCCUAGCCAGCCUCUUUCAUUGCUUUGCAAUCCUUUAGGUCAAGAUUUUUUUUCCUAAUGUACAACCUAAACCUCCUCUGGUGAAACUUGAGGCUAUUUUCUCUUGUCUCUGGUUACUUGGGACAAAAGAUCAAGAACCACCUUGCUACAAGCUCCUUUCAGGCUGUUGUAGAGAGUGAUAAGGUGCUCCCUGAGCUGCCUUUUCUCCAGAGUGAACAACCUCAAUUCCCUCAGCCAGAGCCUUCACAGACUUCAUUGCUUUUCUUGGGACUUAGUGUCCCUGCAGUGAGGGCCCCAAGCAGUUAGUUUCUGGUCUCUGUGUCCCUUGCCUGAGUGUGACAGGGAAUGUGUCAUUGUCAGCGGAGCAGUUUCCAUCCUGUAGUCCACAGAGCUCUGUUCUGGGCUUCUGCAUGUGUUAUGUGUGUCCUCUGUGGCAGGGCUCCUACCCAGCACUCUGUCAUUCUGGGCAGGAAAGGAGCUCCAUUGGGAAGCUUCCUGUGCUCAGGCCAGUGGCAGGAUGGUGUUUCUUACAGUCCUGGCACAGGGUAUGGGUGGAGUUUUAUAUUUGUGCUGCCUGAGAAGUGGUGACUAAAAGCUGCUGUCGCUAUAAAAGGCUGUGACUGAUCUCCCCGCUCUGGUUUAUGUGGCUAGUGCUGUAGAUGGCACUACUGCAGGGAGGUCAGGACUUGGUGUAUCUGCUGCCAUGCCCUUUUCUCCACAAGUUCUCCCUCUGUUCUUUAAUCAACAUUUUGGACUGCUUAUCUAUACCACGGGAUUGUCAUGUACUUGGUCUGUGUGUCUCCCUGUCCUGAAGGGAGGAAGCCUGUGGAGUACUGCCUUCUCCCCUGACCUUGGACUGUGUGACUUGCAGUGAGAUUGCUGGUUAUUUUCUGUUAUUAACCUCUCUGUGCCUCAGUACCCCAUUUUGGGAUUAAAAAAAAAAAAAGGGGGAUGGACCCAGUUCUGGAAAGCAAUUUGGGAGCUCUGCAUGCAGUGUGGUGCUACGCUUUCCUGGGUAUCUCUACAUAUCUGUCUGUUAAUGCUUUUGCUUCCAUUCAGCAGCUGCACCUGGAAGGUGGAGGUGAUGCUUGGGUCUCUGCUACAAAGUAGAGCCUUUCUUUCUUCCCACUUACCCCCAGCCUGCAACAGGCAAGUUGGUAAUGCUUGUACCUGACUGACAGCUUCACCUUCGAGCUCCCACCAUCCUUGUGGCCAGUGCCCCUCGAGCCUCUGCUUGCCAUGCUCGGCUACCGCUGCUGCACCUCACCUGGCCAGGGAGGACUUGCUUCCUUAGUGAUUAAUUAAUGAAUCAUGACUGGGGGGAUGAUUUGCUGACCUUGGGUGCCACGGGGCUCCGGGCGUCCGUGAAACGGUUGUCUACAAAUAAAUCAGUGAGAUCCACA